CAAAUCUAGCUAUUAAGAUCACGUUGAGUAUUGAUCCAAUUAACUAGUUUCAUUAGAAUCAUUUUGUUGUCGCGUUUUGAAUGAAUCAGCAACAACCAAACAAUUCUUCUAUCAUUGUAAUCUCACCACAUUUUUGCAAUCCGUAUCAAGUAAAUCUCUACAUUGCCAAGAAAGUUAAAAAUGUAACAGAAGGUAAUAAGUUAGGUGUUUUUGAUACCAACGGAAACAAUAUCUUCAAAGUUACAGGUAAUCUUCUCAGCAGUUGCCGUAUGCUUGUCGAUGCUGCCGGAGUUCCUAUCGUGACUUUACAAGAACAGAGAUUUACUUUACACAAUCGAUGGAAAGUAUAUAGAGGAGAUAGCUCAAACUCAGAAAAUCUGUUGUUUAGUAUCAAGAACUCUAAGGCUCUACAAAUCAAGACUAACUUGGAUGUGUUCUUAGCAUCCAACACAAAUGAAGAUGUCUGUGAUUUUAAGGUUAAACAAAACUACAGUGAGAAAUCUUGUGUCGUCUAUCGAGGUUCGGGAUCUGAAAACAUCAUUGCUGAGAUGCACAAAGAAAAGACUGAAGUUUUGGGCAAGGACACAUUCUCAGUCACUAUCCACCCGAACAUCGAUUAUGCAUUUAUUAUCGCACUUCGUGUGGUUCUGGAUGAGAUGAAUAAAGCUGCCAAGAGAGGCGACAGCGGGGUGGGGGCGGUAUCCGGGGCAGUGGUGGGAGUGAUUACUGCAUGAGAUACCAUAAGAUUAGUAGAUACUGCACUACUCUAGAAAUGCAGUAAAAUUGCUAAUUACAACACCUUUUAAGAACAAUCUUGUAUCUUUUUACUACAAAUAACCUCAUCAAUGAGUAAAUUUAGAGUGUGCCAAGAAGACCCUCCUACUUUCAUUG